AUGGAUAAUGAUUAUUUAGUAUUACAGAAUGGAUGUAAACGUGACUCAUGGAUUUUACAAAUAUUAACGAAAGAACAUAUAGACUCACUUGAACAAUUUUUUCAACAUAACCGCAUUCCUAGAGGAAAUGAAAUGAGAAGUAUUGCUGCACAUCUUAAUAUAUCGUAUAGUUAUGUUCGAACAUGGUUCAGAUAUCGUCUCUAUGGAGACCUUGCUCUUCGUCAUCGUCGACGUUACAUGCCUCGUAUUGCAGCUUAA